UGGAACCGGCGCAUGGGUACGGCGCCUGCCGGAAAACCACCGCUGCUAGCAACUUUGAGCAUGGCGUCAGCGACGUUCACCUACAUUCCCAGCAGAGCUGGCGUGGGCGGCGGCAAGAAGGGCCUGCAGGAGAGCUCUCUCGAGCUGCUCAGCAGCAUCCCGGAGGAGUCCUCGCUGUCGCACUCGUCCGGCCGCCUGCAGCGUUCCCUGCGCGGGCCGCUGCUGUGCGCGCUCGUGUCUCUCCUGCUUUCGGCCGCGGUUCUGGCGAGCUGCGCCGUGCUGGUGUACGUCGAGGUCUACUACCGGUGGUCCUUUCCGCUGCGCGUCGACUGCAACCUGGACCCCACCGGGAGAGCGGUGGAUUACGGCCGCUGCUUGCGCAGAGGAUGCAAGUACGUGUCGACGGACGGCGUGCUACCGACGUGCUUCUUCCCCGAAGGCUACGGCUACGUCAAGGAGAGCGGAGAACGCCACGUGGACGGGAGCGGAUUCACGGCUCGUCUGCGGAGACCCGACUUACCGCCAUUGUUCGGCGGGGAAGUCAACGAGGUGGUCGUUAACGUUUCCUUCCUGACGCAUUCCAGGCUUCGCGUGCAAAUGAUACCUGAAGGUCACCGCUUCCAAUCGAAUAUUUUCGAUGACGACAGCUCGCAACGUUGGAACGAAGACGACACGGCAUACGAAGUGUCCCAAAUGGAGUCUGGACGGUCAUUUGGCCUUGUCGUCACGCGUAAAGAAAGCCGCACGGUAAUACUUGACACCAGGCUACCGGGAACAGUGCUCGCGGAGCAGUUUCUGCAGCUAUCCACACGAUUGACAACAGCAAAUGUAUUCGGCCUCGGAGGUCUUUCCACGAAGGAGACGCUCAAGCAUGACAUCAACUGGAAGACAAUAACAUUUUUCAACAAGAGAAGUCAGAACAGGCCGAGCGAAUAUUUCGGUGUGCAUCCUUUCUACAUGGUGGUUGAAGAGGAUGGAAAAGCAAACGGCGUAUUUCUGAGGAACAGCAAUGCAAUGGAUGUUUUGUUGCAGCCUGAGAAAGUGAUCACGUUCAGAACGACGGGAGGCACGCUCGAUUUCGACAUCUUUCUUGGCGACAAUCCCGACGACGUUGUGCGUCAGUUCACAGAGCUAGUUGGAAGACCAGCAAUGCCUCCAUUCUGGGCACUGGGGCAUCACAUCAGCCUGGAUGCUGAGGCCGAGAUUUCACAAGUCUGGCCCCUGCUGCAGAAGCUGCGCAAGGAAGGCAUUGAUGUGGCAGCCUUGCAUCUCAAUGAAGGUUUCGCAACCGAAAAAAUUGUAACCGACGACUCGUGGGCGGACAAAAUCCGGAAACUUCGGAAUGAGACAGAAAACUCUGGCAUAAGAUACCUGCUUCGAGCCGAUCCUCUGCUACCAUCAUCAGCGGAACAUAUGAUGCCAUUAUUAUUGAGUGAAGGUAGCAAGCGCGUAAGUGACGUUGCUUUUCUAGAUUUUACAAACCCGGACGCUGAGAAGGUGUGGACAAAACGCCUCUGGUCGCUAAACAGGGCAGUAGGAUUCGACGGCCUAUUACUGGACUUAAACGAGCCAACCUACCCUCGCGAAGGCAACCGAUCAAGUUCUAAGUGCACGGCGAACAAGUGGAACAACCCACCUUAUCCUGUUGGCUUUCAGCAUGGGGACAGAGGAAUCUUCGAGAACAGCGUGUGUGGUGACGUCAACCAGUCGGCCGGCAUCCACUACAAUCUGCACAACCUAUACGGCUAUCACCACUCCGAAACUACUUGGAAGAGCCUGCUAAAUUUUACGGAGGAACGAGGCCGUCAGAGACCCAUGAUUCUCAGCCGUGCGACGUUCUCCGGUUCGGGAUCCUUCGGCGGCCACUGGUUCGAGGAGCCCGAGUGCAGCUGGGAAGGACUGCGCAGGACCGUCGUCAAGGCUGUCGAGUUCUCCAUGCUUGGAAUGCCGUUGGUUGGCGGCUACUGUGACUUGUCUAGAGAACGAGAAGAUGCCUGUUUAGCGUGGCUUCAAGCGUCAGCGCUGCUUCCACUGUCUAUUACAAGAAUGAGACCUGCAGAGGACAUCGAGGCAGAUGACGUGACGACAUGGCUCAUGAACGCGUCAGCGGCUUCUCUCGCUGCCCGAAGGCUUUUGUUGCCGUAUAUGUACACAGUCUUCUACGAGGCACACUUGACCGGCCGUGCCGUCCUGCGAGCACCAUUUUACGAGUUUCCUACAGACCUGUACGCAAUGAAUAUCAGCUACCAGUUCCUGUGGGGCUCUGCCGUCCUCGUCUCCCCCAUGGUACAAGAGGACGAUCCCUCAGUGGAGGCGUACUUUCCAGCAGGCCAGUGGUGCGACCUCUACACGGGUGAAGCAAUCAAUCUACAUCGUGGAGGAUAUGUCACAGUAGAUGGAGACAAGGUCCCCUUACACGUCAAGGGCGGCUCCAUAAUUCCCUUGCUUCGUCCCGUCGACGACCGAAGUAGUACUGCGACAAAGUUGGAGCUAUUCGUCUCUCCUGACCAGAACGGAGAAGCGACGGGUUUCUUGUUCUGCGACGAUGGCAUCACAUACUAUGAAGACAUGACAAAAGCGCCAGCUAUACGCCUCAACUUCACUUUAACCAAAGAGCAAAGGAUAUCGAAUUUGUCCAUAUCAGCAAUGGAGAAGAGCUACAAACAACAAGCCGAACUGAUGAUAGACUCAGUGACCGUGUGCAAUGCAGCUUCUUCUCCAACUUCAGUGUUGCUAGACGGAAACACAAGUGCCAACGCAACAUACGACUCGAACCUUCAGGUUCUCAAGAUGGAAGCGUUAUCCAUGGACGCCACGAGUCAUGUAAUUGCUAUAACAUUCUAGACAAUUGCAACAGAAUGCAUGAAAACCAAAUUGUAUACAUAGGCGUCUUUUUUAUGUAAAGAAUCAUCAAUUUCUACGGCGUAAAGUAUGUUAAGUUUAUGACCACACAUUAACUCAUUUGCAGCUGAAUAAAAGAAUUGCUCAA